AUGUCAGGAAAAAGACCACAACAAGAACUUUUACAUCAUGCUAAAAAACCAUUAUACAAACCGAAAGACCCUGCACAUCCUAAUCUUCAAAUAGGAAAAAGUAUAAAUAAAAGAAAAUUAACAUUAGCACCAAAACCUGUAUCAAUGCCAAAACUAACGUUGGCUGCUAAUGAAGUUCAAAACACAUUACAUAAAAAUGUUAAAGUAGUUGGAGGACAUGAAGUUCAUAUUCCAUCAUUUUUAAAGAAAAAACAACUUCAAAUACAAAAGUCAAAAAGCCUUCGUAACAGUCUUAAAAAAAGUUUACAAAGAAAGUCAAAAUCUUCUUUAAAGAGAAAAAGUCUUUCUUUAAUAAAAAAAAGUAUUAGUUUAAAGGAACAAAAUAAAAAAAUAGUUACAGUACAACCAAUGGAAUCAAAUCCUAUUGACUUAAAUCAACCUAGUCAAAUAGAACCAGUAGACUUAAGUCAACACAGUGGCUUUAUUAGUAACGAAACUCCAGAAAACAAAGCUGGUUCAAAUAAACUUAGUUGUUUAGAUUUAUCUGAAACAGAUCAAAAUGAAAAUCAUCAAAUAAAACUUCCCGUCUUUACUAAUUUUAAUGCAACACCAAUUAAUCAAGACAUUCAAUUAUCAGAUGAAGAAAAAGAAGAGAUAAAAAAACAAAUUGCUAAAAGAAAAAGAAGAAGUUCUUUAACACCACUUGAUCGCGAGGCAAUGAGAAAAGAAAGGUUAUCUUCUGGAAUUAAUUCAAGAGAGUUAAAUCUGCAAAAAUAUCGAGAAUCAUUUUCAAAGAGAAAAGAAAGAGCAUCAGCAAGUAUGAUUGAAAAUAAGUAA